AUGUAUCAGAUUGAGGAUCCGGACGAGAAUACUCCUUUACUCCGGGACGACCCGAACAGUGAUGACGUUCGUGAUGACGAUUCCCAGAGCCGAUGGAGGUCCAUUCGGGUCAUGUAUUUCACUAUGUUUCUCAGCAGCGUGGGUUUCACCAUCGUUAUCACUUCACUGUGGCCGUACUUGCAAAAGUCUGACGACGGCGCCGACGCCACCUUCCUGGGCUGGGUGGUGGCGGCCUACAGCGUCGGCCAGAUGGCGGCCUCGCCCCUUUUCGGCCUGUGGUCCAAUCGGCGACCUCGCAGAGAGCCGCUCGUGUGCUCCAUCUUCAUCAACCUGUCGGCCAACAUCUACUACGCCUACGCUUCCCUACCCGCGACCGGGAACAAGUACCACAUACUCAUUUCUCGCGCCUUCGUGGGCUUCGGCGCAGGCAACGUCGCCGUGGUGAGGUCGUACGUCGCCGGGGCCACGUCGCUAAAGGAACGGACCAACGCGAUGGCCAACAUGAGCGCCUGUCAGGCCUUGGGGUUCAUCCUCGGACCAGCUCUUCAGGCCUGCUUGUCCUUCCUCGGGGAAGUGGGUUACACGGUGGAAUUCGUCCAGCUGAAACUCAACAUGUACACCGCUCCGGCUUUAUUGGCCGCCGUCUUGGGCGUCGUCAACAUUUUGCUGGUGGUGUCGGUACUCAGGGAGCACCGCGUCGACGACGACGGCAGACGCGUUCCGCCCAUCAACUACCUCUCGGAAGGUACGGCGGCGGCGUAUGAGGACAUGGCGGAGGAAACCGUCGACAGUUUGGCGGUCUUCACUUCAAACGUCCUCUUUUUUGUCGUCAUGUUCAUUUUCGCCGUUUUCGAGACGAUCGCCACGCCUUUGUCCAUGGAUAUGUUUGCGUGGACGAGGAGAGAAGCCGUUUUCUAUAACGGCGUCAUCAUCUGCUGCAUCGGAUUUGAAUCCAUCCUGGUCUUCCUGGCCGUCAAAGUGGCCGCUCAAAGGGUCGGGGAUCGUCCUGUGCUGCUGGCGGGUCUGGCGAUCAUAUUCUGCGGCUUCUUUGUCCUGCUGCCGUGGGGAAACAGUUACCCUAAAAUCCAGUGGGCAGACCUUCGAAACGACUCGUCGGUCGGUCGGACGUGGUCCAACGGCUCCUUCGAGCCCACGGGCUGUCCCUACGACCAGACCUGGUGUCAGUACACCCCCGCCGUCCACCUGGCUCAGUACAUCUCUUCGGACUUUCUCAUCGGAGUGGGUUAUCCGGCUUGCAACGUCAUGUCCUACACGCUCUAUUCCAAAAUCCUCGGACCCAAACCUCAGGGCGUGUACAUGGGCUGGCUGACGGCGUCGGGGAGCGGCGCGCGGACCCUGGGCCCCGUCUUCGUCUCCCACGUCUACACCCUCCUCGGGCCCCGCUGGGCUUUCGGCGUCAUCUGCGGCACGGUGGCGGCGGCCGUCGCCCUCCUCGCCGCCGUCUAUCGCAGACUCGUGGCUUUUUCCGUGCGGCACGGGAGGACCGUAGAAUGA